CGUACAUCGGUACAUGUACGGACACAUGCCACCUUCGCGCGCCACCUACCUUCGCGCGCCUCCGCCUCCCAUCUCUCCCGCCUUUUUCUUCUUCUUCUUCUACCUCUCGCGCGCUAACUCACGGCAACGCGGGAGCUAGCGGCGCCAUGGAGGCCGGCCAGGAUGACGCGGCGGACAGGCUCACCUACGAGAUCUUCUCCAUCCUCGAGAGCAAGUUCCUCUUCGGCUAUGGCGGCGGCGGCGGCGGCGAGACGAAGAGCUUGCAGUGCGCGCCGCCGGUGUCGAGAGGGAACAGGGUGUGCGUGCUCUCCGUCGACGGCGGCGCGCGCCCGGAGGACGGGCUCCUCGCCGCGGCGGCGUUGGUGCGGCUCGAGGCCGCGGUGCAGCGGCGCGCCGGCAGCAAGGCCGCGCGGCUCGCGGAUUUCUUCGAUGUCGCCGCUGGCUCCGGCGCCGGGGGCGUCCUCGCCGCCAUGCUGUUCGCGCGCGGCCCGUGUGGGCGGCCGAUGUACUCCGCUGAUGACGCGCUCGGCUUCCUGCUCCGCCGCGUCCGCCGCCGCGGGUGGUCGUCCCGCGCCGGCGGCCUGCUCCGCCGCCCCGCCGGCGCCUUCCACAAGGUGUUCGGCGAGCUGACGCUGCGGGACACGGUGCGCCCGGUGCUCGUCCCGUGCUACGACCUCGCGACGCGGGCGCCGUUCCUCUUCUCCCGCGCCGACGCCGCGCAGUCGCCGGCGUACGACUUCCGCCUCCGAGACGCCUGCGCCGCGACGUGCGCCCCCUCGGGCGGCGGCGCCGCCGUGGAGGCCUCCUCGGUGGACGGCGUCACCCGGAUCACGGCGGUCGGCAGCGGCGUCGCGCUGGGGAACCCGACGGCCGCGGCGAUCACCCACGUUCUCAACAACCGGCGCGAGUUCCCCGCCGCGGCCGGCGUCGACAACCUGCUCGUCAUCUCCAUCGGCACCGGCGAGGCCGCCGGCAGCAGCAGCCGCCACCGCGCGAGGACGCCGGUGAUCGCGCGGAUCGCCGCCGAGGGCGCGUCGGACAUGGUAGAUCAAGCUGUCGCCAUGGCGUUCGGACAACACAGGACAAGCAAUUACGUCCGCAUCCAGGGUAUGGGGGUGGCGCGGCGGCGCGGCGGCGGCGUGGCGUGCGGCGGCGAGACGGCGGAGAAGGCGGUGUGGGUGGCGGAGGCGAUGCUGCAGCAGAGGAACGUGGAGGCGGUGAUGUUCCAGGGGAGGAGGCUCGCCGGCGAGACCAACGCCGAGAAGGUGGAGCGGUUCGCGCGUGAGCUGAUCAAGGAACACGGCCGGAGGAAGCAGCAUGUUCCGCCGGCGGCGAGCGGCGGCGGCGGCGGCGGACUGGACUGCCAUGUGAGCAAGAAACAGCCGUAAGUCAGCCACGGCGAGCGGUGUCGCGGUGGCUGACCGGCCGACCGCCGGGCGUAUUGCGGUGUUGUUCGUGCACCUCCGGCGAUGGACGUCGAUCAUACUAUCAUACAAUCGUACUGCAUCAUGUUAAUUAAAUAAUAAUCUCGACCGAUCAUUUAAUUUUCA